ACCUGCUACACAGCAGCCCCCGCAGAGAGAGGAAGUCAACACAGACUGCCUGCAUCACCACAACAUGACUUUCACCGGGAUGCUACACAUCGCAGCUCUGCUCCUGAUGCAAGGGGAUUUUCCAAGAGCUGGCAGUGAAACCAUAACCCUAAAGGAAGGAGAAGACCUAAAGCUCCGUUGCACCCUCGGCAGUGACAACAGUUCUGCCCUGCAGUGGUUAAACCCUCGGGGGUUUGCAAUUUUUCUGAACACCCAGCAGGCUUUAAGAGAUCAGAGGUACAAACUCAUCUGGUAUUCAAAGGAUGAAUUAUCCAUCCGACUGUCUAACAUCACAGUGCACGAUGAAGGCAUAUAUAAAUGCUUCUACUACAGCAUCCCCUUCAAAAGCAAGAACACGACUGUUGAGGUAUUAGCUGCACCUUCUAAUCCAGUACUGGAAGUAUCCCAAAAUGCAGAAAGCAGCAUUAUUCUCUCUUGCUAUACCUAUGGAUGUAAACCACAGCCCCAGAUUACCUGGCUGUUGGACAAUGGGAUAGAGCUCCUUGGUGACACUAAGCAAAAGUUAGAAGCCGAUGGAAAGAAAUGGACCACAACCAGCACACUGACAGUCCUUGCUUAUGGGCCCUACUCAACAGCCAGCUGUAUCAUUCGCCACCAGACACUAAGAGAAGAGAAGCUGAUGGCAUCUUUCCGGUUUGAUGACCUCCCUAGGAUGGUGACCACAACACAGUCAGAUCUGAACAGCAGCACAGCCUCUGCUCCAGGCUACCCUCAGCAUCCUGGAUCUGAACAACCCACCAUCCUUUCUGCUGGACCAAAGGAUCCAGUAUUUACCAGCUCAGUGUCAAUACCAACCCAGCAAAACCUCCAUCCCGAUGUCACAUCUGCUGGUUCCGAAGUAACAUCAGCUGCAGCAGGAAAGGAAGAACCAGCUGGUUCGUCGAGUUAUCUUGUCCCCAACGGGACUAAAGCAGCAUUCAGUGGCAACGUCACACAACAGGAACUUCCCAGGACAGAAGCCCCAUCACCAACUGAAAAUGUAACUGUGAUUUCCAUCACCACCUUCGGGCAGGAUCUGAAAUCUGAAGGCAUCAAAGAGAAGGAGACCAAGCUCCUGCUGCCAAUGUUGGUGGCUGCUCUGGUUUUCGUGCUGCUCAUCGUUGUCCUACUUUUUAUGAGGAAACUAAAAAAAGCUCAUGGAGUGUGGAAGAGAGAAAAUGAUGUUUCAGAGCAGACACUGGAGAGUUACAAAUCCAAAUCAAAUGAAGACAGUUCGGGCCAUGAGAAGAAUGGACACGUUGUCAGUCCAAAGCCCAAUGCGCAGUACGUAACCGAAGGUUAUGUGGAAAGAAGACAGAAGAAUCCAAGCAAGGAAAACACUGCAAUAAGUGAGAAACUCUUUCAGUGUGGGAAGGAAACAGAUGUAUAGCGAUGACAAACCUGUAUAGUGUGCAGAAACACUGCUGUUUCUUGAUAUUCAUAUUAGAGUGCUCAGAUACCAAUAUGAUGUCAAGGAGCUGAAGUACAAACCGCUACUCUCAAUCCAAAAGCCAGUUUGGACUGCUUUUCUUUAAGUGGGACAGGAAUGGGACCAGUGCUCCUAGAAACCAGUUAGCAAUGAACACUGAUUUACCUGUAAUCCUUGGAGGAUUCAGUUAACCACUGCUAGAAACAGAGCUCAUCGGUCCCACCUCAAAUCCUAUCAGCAAUUAGGGAACGUGUAAUUAGCCUCAAGGAGCACCAAAUAUGAUGAUAUUUGUGUAAUGCUUGCAAGCACAGGACUGGGCAGGAAACCCUGGGAGCUGCAAAACAACUGGGACUUGUGUUAUCCCAUUCUGACCCCAAACCUGGACAUCCAGAUGCAUUUAAUCAAGUGGGGCAGCAUCCUGAUGUCCAAGGUGUUAAGAAGUUAAACAUUGGAACAGGCUGCCCAGGGAAGUGGUGGAGUCUUCUUCCCUGGUGGGGUUCAAAAAGCAUGUAGAUGUGGCCCUUUGGGACACAGUUUAGUCUGCACAGUGGUGUUGGGCUGAUGGCUGGACCAGAUGAGCUUAGAAGUCAACAUUACUGAUUCUAUGAUAAUAUGAUUCUAUGGCCCUAAAAAUGAAGGGGUUUUUCCCCCCUUGCAAGGGUUUCUGCCUCCUUUUCUCCCCUGCACAAGGACAUCAUCUCUCUCUGCUGGGCAGGAUGGCAUCAGCACAUGCAAGGGGCUCUGAAACCAAAACACUUGGGUGCUACGGUUGUACGAUCUCCAGCAUCGCACAAGCUUACAGCAGUGUUGCUGAUGACAUGGAAG